UCCUCGAUAUUCCUUUUUCAUCUUUUCAUGUUCAUUACUGUGAGAUGGGCCUCAAAACUAACACAAUAGCCUGAUAAACAAACGGACUCGCGUCGUAUUUGUCAGAUAUAAGCUAUUCUUAAAAGACAAAGUUAACCUACUGAAAUUUGACCAUAAAAAACUCGAUUUCAUAUUUAGUAUGUUUGUGCUUUACUUUGUGCUUGAACUUAUGGUUUAGCCUUGUAUUUGUUAGGCCACUUUUAAAGGCUCGUCUGUUACGCAUCUGUUGAAUAAUAAUAAUAAAAUUAGAUUUCUUCGAUUAAACAGGACGUUGGAGCAGGGAAAUCCUUCAGUUUCCAUUACCAGGAGAAGGGCGACGAGGAGGGGGAGGCUGGACAUUCUUCUCAUACUGCAGAGCAGGCAGGGGGGAGCUUCCUGCCACUACUCCUGUACCGCUUCUUUUUUACGGUUAAACAUGAAAUUCACAGGAAAGGACGAAGACUUUGUGGACGCGAACAAGCUUCUUGGACUUCUCCCGGAGCAGGAAUUCAAACUCGCGGCGAGACCAACCAUUGACCGGCGGCAGCCAGUUUUAUUGUUGUAAAGGGAGAUUUUCUGCAGCCCGAGGAACCGCUUCAGCCCCGCAGGAAAGGAGAAACAUAACAAAAAGUGAUGUUUCGCUGAGUUGGAGUACCGGGAAAGUAAACGGAAGAAACUCCAGUGAAAGAGAAAUGCUGACCAGUGCCUCUACAUCUUAGAGCUCCUUGAUGACUUGCUGAGCCUGCAGGGAGGCCAGAACCAGGUGUUAAACUACCGGACACCACCAGGCUACCACCACCUAUCACCAGCCCAACUCCACCACAACAACAACAUCAGCCCUAUCUUUGUGCUUUCCCUCAGCGAGCCCCACCUGGGUCUCCCGGUAGUCCUGCCGCAGCAUCAAAACAUGAGCAGCUGUUGCCACUGACGCCGCCAGGAGAACACAGUGAGAGCAACCAUCCAGAUGUUUCGGAAAAAAGCAUCUUCCUCCUUGAGAAUGAGAAGAAUAACAGAAAACGCUAGAUGGAGUAUUGACCGUGGGCGAAGCUUGUCUUUCCAUGAGGUGCGUGGCCAGUGUGAGGCAGAGAUGAGGGCCGCAGCCGAGGAGACGUCCACCAGCAGCAACAGUGUAGGAGGUGGCGGCAGCACCGUCCUGCAGCGCCUGCUGCAGGAGAAAAUGAACCGUAAUUACGUGCUCCAACAGCAGCAACAACAACAAGGAAGUGGAGGGGUUUUUUCCGGACAGGGACAUAUAUGCCCCUCUGAUGAUCACUCCAUGACCCCCCACAUUGCCCGGCAGGAGCCCCAAGGACAGGAGCUGCAGACGGACAAUGGCCUGGAGAAGCUGGGCUCCACCAGAGUAGGAGGAGGCAGUGGAGGGGUAGGGGGUUUAGGGACUGGAGGUGGAGGAGGAGGCAACACUGGAGGUGCUGGGAGCAGCCAAGGGCAGUGCCCGAACCCCGAGGACCUCCCUACGUACGAAGAAGCCAAGGUGCAGUCACAAUACUUCCGUGGCCAUGGUCCUCCUCCUCAGGCUCAGCAGCAGAACAGCCAGCCCCAGCAGCCUCCUCUCCCUGGCUCAGUGGGCACUGCCUUCUACGUUACUGGGGUGACCAGUGCCAAGGUGCGUACUGAGGGUCGCCCCACGGUGCAGCGAGUGAGCGGCACAGGGAGAGUGCACCAGGAUGAUGGUCUAAAGGAUCUGAAGCAAGGACACGUUCGCUCUCUCAGCGAACGACUUAUGCAGCUGUCCCUGGCCACCAGUGGCGUGAAGGCCCAUGCUCCUGUCACCAGCGCCCCACUCUCACCCCAACUGCCCCCACCAGGGCCACCAGGCGACUACUACAAGUCGCAGCACCGGGGCCCGCCUCCAGACUACCCAUUCAAAGGACUGGGCUCGCCUACCAAGCAACAGGAGCCUGGAGACCAUUUUUACCAAGAGCAGAGAGGGAGGGAGCUCUCGAGGGAGGUGCCCCAUGUCCGAUACCAGCCCCCACCUGAGUAUGGCUCAUUCAGGUCCAGUAAGGAGGGUUCGGUCCACUUCCAGAGGCCCCUUCAUCAGCACAGUCCCACCUCCUCUGUCACAUCUAUGGGAUCCUUGUCCCGCACCCAGUCCUCAACCCUAAGCAGCAUGCUCAGCGUCUCCCAUCCGUCCUUCCCUCACCAGCACCCACAGAGUCAGGGUGAGCCCUUUCCUAGCAUGGGUCCCCGCAGUACGCAGGGUCCCUACCAGCCAGGGGCGCCCUUCACCCUGGGGCCUAUUCACCCACCACCAAGAGGUCACAUUUUCCCUCAUGACCCCUAUGGCUCCACUUCAAGGAUGCACCAUCAGCAGCACCAUCAGUAUCAACAACAACAGCAGCAGCAGCAGCAGCAGCAGUUCCAAGAACCUCCCCAGCCCCAACCGCCAGUACAGGCUGGACAUUUUCCCCAUCCGCACUCCUACUCCCAACUGCAGGGGGAGCCUUUUGCUAUGAUGGUGCGCGCGAACCAGAUGGUGGAUGUGCUAACGGAGGAGAACAGGAUGCUAAGGCAGGAGAUGGAGGCUUGCCGUGAGAAAGUCACCAAGUUGCACAAGUUGGAAACAGAGAUCCAGCUGGUGUCAGAGGCAUAUGAAAACCUUGCCAAGUCCUCCUCUAAGAGGGAGGCCCUGGAGAAAACCAUGAGGAACAAGCUGGAGCUGGAGGUGCGCCGGCUGCACGACUUCAACAGGGAUCUCCGAGAACGAAUGGAGACGGCCAAUAAGCAGCUAGCUGCUAAAGAGUGUGACGGCUCAGAGGACAACCGCAAAACCAUCUCACAGCUGCUUGCACAGAACAAAGAGACGCUCCGUGAGAAAGAGAAGCUGGAGAUGGAGUUUAACGCGCUGCGCUCCACCACUGAGGACCAAAGGAGACACAUUGAGAUCAGAGACCAGGCACUCAAUAACGCCCAAGCCAAAGUGGUCAAGCUGGAAGAGGAGCUGAAGAAGAAGCAGGUUUACGUUGAGAAGGUGGAGAGGAUGCAGCAGGCUCUAGCUCAGCUUCAGGCAGCCUGUGAGAAGAGAGAACAACUCGAGCAUCGACUCCGUACUAGACUGGAGAGAGAGCUGGAGUCACUACGCAUGCAGCAGCGUCAGGGAGGCACUCAAAGCAGUGGUGUAGUCCCAUCAGAGUACAACGCCACAGCGCUGAUGGAGCACCUGAGGGAGAAGGAGGAGCGGAUCCUGGCUCUGGAGGCCGACAUGACCAAAUGGGAGCAGAAGUAUUUGGAGGAGAGCGUGAUGAGGCAAUUUGCCCUGGACGCCGCUGCCUCUGUCGCCACUCAGAGGGAUACAUCUGCAGCAGUGAUAAGCCACUCUCCCAGCAGCAGCUACGACACAUCAGUGGAGGCUCGAAUUCAGAAGGAAGAAGAGGAGAUUCUCAUGGCCAAUCGGCGCUGUCUGGACAUGGAAAGCAGGAUAAAGAAUCUCCAUGCCCAGAUCAUAGAGAAAGAUGCUAUGAUCAAGGUGCUUCACCAGCGCUCCAGGAAGGAGCCCAUCAAGCCUGAUACGCCAUCUGCUAUGAGGCCCUCCAAGUCACUUAUGUCUAUUUCCAACACUGGCUCCAGCGGUUCAGGACUACUCUCUCACAGCCUGGGGCUCAGUAGCUCGCCCAUCACCGAAGAACGCAAGGACACCAGUUGGAAGGGCAGCCUGGGGGUUCUGCUGGGUUCUGAAUUUCGCACAGAGUCUCUCAGGACAGAGUCAAUCUCAUCAUCCCCCUCACCGGUGCUUUCUUCCACCCCAAUGACCACAGGCCACUCAAAGACAGGCAGCAGGGACAGCUGCACACAGACUGAGAAGGGACAGAGUCAGGACACCAGCAAGCCCAGCACUCCAGCGCUGCAGAGCAUGACGCUGCCCGCUCGCCUGUCCAGCCCCAGCCCAGUCUACAUUCCGGACCGCAUAGCAGAUGUGCCAAUUUUUCACAGCAGCACCCUGGAGCGGAGGCUCCCCGUCCAGUCCCACCCACAGCAACAAGCCCCUCCUCCAGCCCACCCAACCCAACAGGACGUGGACAACGAUAUGGUGGAGAUCCUCAUCUGACCCCAUGACCUCUGGAAAAAACAAGUGAUAGGAGGGCAGCUCCAUCAGACAAACACAGUGACAAUUAUCCAGGCUAAUCCUCAACCUGCAGCUCUGUCUGUGUGACCCACACUAAGAGAUAUAUUCAUACACUUAUGUUUACAUGUGCAUUCACUUUAAGCCUAUCCUGGAGUUUUUACACAUUUCCUUCAUUCCUUCCAGUAAAGGAAUGGAGGAAAUGUCGU